GGGACGGGGAGUCAGGGCGCCACAACGGGGAAACCCACCUCUUGCACACACUCACACAAAGACAUUAAGCACUAAGGGGAAGACGGAAAGAGUGAAACGAAGAAAAAGAAGGAACAGAGAAGAGAGAGAGAGAGAGAGAGGGGGAUAUAUAUGACUAGAUAUGGCACACACCUAUGAAGGAGGAAUCCCUGCCCAGGUCUAUCUGGGAACCCUGCUCGUGGCUCUUUGCUUCCACCCCAUCUCCGUUGGAGGAGUUGACCCGGUGUUGAAUGGGAUCCCUACAUCUUCUCUUCCUGCAGCCGCGCUGAAGCAGGAGGUGGCGCUGGAGAAUGGCGCCACAACGCUGAAUCACUCCAUGGCAAUGGUGCAGCGCAUGGAAGGUCUUCUGGCCCAAGGCAACGGCAGUGAUGUGGCCCUCCGCGUGCAGACGGUCAACACGGAUGAGGUGAAGGUGAUCCAGGCGCACACGCUGGUGCUCUCGCUGCAGAGCGAGGUGUUUGAGGAGCUGCUGCUCAGCCACAACACCAGCACCUUGGUCCUGAGAGAGCCUGCCGACUGUGCUGCUGUCUUUGACAAGUUCAUCAGGUACCUCUACUGCGGUGACAUCUCAGUGCGCCUGGACCAGGCAAUCCCUCUGCACAAGCUGGCUAGCAAGUACCGUGUGUGGAGCCUCCAGCAGGGCCUGAGCCAGUACAUGACAGGGCACCUGUCCAGCGACUCCCCGACCGGCCACGUGGUUGGCUGGUACCAGUACGCCAUGCAGAUCGGCGACGCCAACCUGAGGGACAGCUGCCUCCAGUACCUCUCCUGGAACCUGUCGUCGGUGUUGCAGAGUGGCGAGUGGGGCUCCAUCAGCGACGACCUGCUGCUGUCCCUGAUGCAGCGCUCCGACCUCAUCCUGCAGAGCGAGCUGGAGCUCUACGAGGCCCUGGAAGCCUGGAUCGGCCAGAACCAGCCGGCCGGCCUAACGGUGGAGAAUGCCCUGAGGCAGGUGCGCUACGGCAUGAUCCCCCCGCAGCACCUGUUCCGUCUGCAGAAGCAGUCACCAGUCAUGCUGAAAUACUACGAGUCCAUCCGUGACCUGCUCUUCCUGGCCUUCCAGUUCCACUCGGCCUCGCCUGUCCAGCUGGCCAAAUAUUUUGACGUCAACUGCAGCAUAUUCACGCCACGCAACUACCUGUCACCAUCCUGGGGCUCUCCGUGGGUCAUCAAUAACCCCACGCGCGACGACCGCAGCUUCAGCUUCCAGACCCAGCUGGGCCCCAGCGGCAGCGACGCCAGCAAGCGGGUGACCUGGAACGCCCUGUUCUCCCCGCGCUGGCUCCCGCUCAGCGUGCGCUCCGCCUAUACAAACGAGAUGCAGGCCACACGCACUGACGGCGGUCGUCCUCGCAUCAUCGUCACCCCAGCCACUUCCAGCCCCGACUUCGCAGGUGUGAGCUUCCAGAAGACGGUGAUCGUGACGGCGAGGCAGGGGGGUAAAAUGGUGGUUCGUCACGUCUACAACUUCCACCAGAGCACUGAGGAGGCCGGGGAUUUCCUGGUGGAAGCCGACCUUCACCGCCGGGCGUCUGAAUACCUCAUCGACAGCUCCCUCUACCUGCACGUCGUGGUAAAGCCCCUUUACCACAGCCUCAUUGUUGCCAGGAAAUAGGCCAAGAGGUUGUUGUUGCCUUAGUAACCAACGGUUCCCAUUAGAUGGUCAAGUUGCAGAGUAAAAAUUGGCUAUAUCAUAAACAAAUGAUGAAAACAAAACAUUUGCUUUUUGGUCUUAAUUUAAGGUACAGUGUGGUUUGCAGUGUGGUUGAGGUUAUAUUUCAAGAACAGAAAUGGUAGAAAUAGUCUGGGUGUAUGACUUUUGAACUUGCCCAGACAGUGAUGACCGUAACCAACUGCCCUCCCUGCUGAGUCCCCCCCUAGCCUGCAGACAAAGUCACACAUGCACACACUCAUAUCACAACUCCUGUUUAUUGGCCUGGUACUGGGCACCUCUGUUCUACAUAAGGUAAUGGUACUUUUUACAGUAGUGGUUAAGUUUGUCUCCAAACUGUUUUAGCUCUGAAAAGAGGUGUAUGCCAGCUGUAACAGUUAUUUUACCUUUAUUUAACUAGGCAAGUCAGUUAAGAACAAAUUCUUAUUUUCAAUGACGGCCUAGGAACAGUGG